AUGUCAACUCAUCGUGAUCGUGAUAACUUUCGAAGUCACCCAUCUGGUUACCAAAAACGAAUAAAAAAAGAAAAAAAAGAACAAAUUAUUAAGAAACAACGUGGUGCUUUUGAAAAAUUUCUUUGUAAAACAGAAAAAAAAAAUGAAAAUGAUUAUGAGGAGCGGGAAUCUAUUCAACCGGAAAUUCAGAAUAAUAUCUCGGAUAAUAUUAUGGAGUCUGAUCAAACAAUUAAAGAAAAUAAACAAGGUGAACAAUUAGGUAUGGAAAUCCAUGAAGUCUUCUCUGAUAAUUGUUCUGAACCUAUAAACGACAAAAAUGACAUUGAGAAACUUUAUAGCGAGUUUGAUGAUAUUGGCUGUUGGCCUCAAAAUAGGAAGUUUAACGUCAGCUACUAUAAUCGUGUAAAGCCCAAUGGAGAAAUAGUUAAUCGUUUGUGGCUUGUUUAUUCGAUCAGUAAGGAUGCUGUUUAUUGUUUUUGCUGCACACUGUUUCGAACUAGUUUACCAAGUAAUUCGAAUAGAAGUGGUUUGGUAAGUGAAGGAAUUAAUGACUGGAAGCACUUGUCUGAAAAGUUAUCUGAACAUGAACGAACAUCUGCCCAUAAUCAGACAAUUAAAAUUUGGAUGGAACUAAAAAUACGAAUUUCGACUUUAAAUACUAUAGAUAAACAACACCUGAGUCAAAUUGAAAAAGAGAAAAAACAUUGGCGGGAUGUACUUGUAAGAAUUUUAGCUGGUAUUCAUUACUUAGCAAAAUACAACGAUGCAUUUCGAGGAUCAUCUGAUGUUAUUUAUACUGAACAUAACGGUAAAUUUCUCGGGUACAUCGAAACGUUAGCUAAGUUUGAUCCAGUAAUAAUAGAGCACGUUAAACGAAUUAAAUGUAAAGAAACCCACGAUCAUUAUCUCAGUCAUGAUAUUCAAGAUCAACUUAUAACAUUGAUUGCGAAUAAAAUACAAAAAGAAAUAGUAGCGGUUAUACAUAAAUCAAAAUAUUAUUCAAUUAUGAUGGACUGUACACCAGACAUUAGUCACCAAGAACAAUUAUCAUUGAUAAUUAGGGUCGUGGAUAUGGAUACUGAUAACGAGUUAAGCGAUCCAACGAUUAAAGAAAUGUUUAUGGGGUUCAUAAAUGUUAAUUCUACGACAGGAUUACACUUAGCAAACGUGCUAUUAGAAAAACUAAAAGACAACAAAAUUGAAUUAAAUAACUGCCGAGGUCAAGGCUACGAUAAUGGCGCUAAUAUGAAGGGCCAAUAUCAAGGUGUUCAAGCACGAAUAAAAAAUUUAAAUUCCAGGGCAUAUUUUACUCCAUGCGCAGCACACAAUUUAAAUUUACUACUGGGAGACUUGGCCAAAACCUCAACUAAAGCUGUUUCAUUUUUUGGCGUGGUUCAGAGAUUAUAUUGUUUGUUUUCGUCCUCUACUGGCCGAUGGGACAUUUAA